GGUCCUCGGAGGGAGGAGAAAAGACCGUCUGAAGUUUUCGCGGAGCUUCAGCGUCCGGAUUGCGACGAGUACCCCCCAGCCCCGGAAGCCCCUCCAACUUUCAGACACCUCUGCGACCCCGCUCCGUCCUGGAUCCCCGCCACUCCCAGCUCCACUGCCCCGGAAAACCUCUGACUCCUCGGCUGCCCCCAGGCCCGCAGGACCCCGGCCAUGGCCCGCUCAUACGGCGGCCGGGUGCUGGUCGCAAUGACCCUGCUGGGCGUCGCGGCGGCUGUCUUGGCCGUGCUGGGCGCGCAACUGCUGUUCCAGCUGCAGGCGGGCCGCGCGGAGCUGCGGGGGCUGCGCGCGGAUGGGCUGGGUCCGGAGCUGGGCGAGGGCCCGGGGCUGCCUGAGGACGCAGCCGGGGCGCUGCUGCCGCUGGCUGCGGCGCUCGCAGCGCUCACCUUGGUGCUGGGCCUCACCUGCCUGCUGCUCGCCGCGCUCUGCGGCCACCUGGGUGCGGAGCUGGCCAGGGGGCCCGGCCCCGGCAGGUCUGACAGUUAUUUCUACGAAGGCCGCCUUCUCAGACAUAUCACCCUUGGCCUCUUCUGCUGUGGGGUCUCCGUCUACUUAGCAGCACUGUCCAUCUACGCCCUGCUGCUCUUCGAGAUCGAGGCAGGAGCAGCAGCCGCCUCCAUCCUCGGCUUGGGUGCACUGGCCUUGGUGGCCAUGCUGACCCACACUCUGCUCCAGGCCGCCCGGGCCACCCGCCGUGGCCUCCAUGAGUUGUCCCCACCGCAUUUUGAAGACGACCCUGUCCGCUCUGCUGAAGUCUCCAAGGCCAGACCCAGGGCUCCACCCCAGCAGGGUACCCACCAUCAAACUCCCUACUCAUUCUGCCCAGAACCUGGGGACCCCCUCAGACCCUCAGUCACUGCCUCAGCACCUGCAGCUGUGGGUGGGGGCUGGGAGAGCAGCCUGCCUGUAUCCCGCAUGCACCGGACACUGUUGGCUGGUGGAGGACACUGGGAAGGGGUCACCCAUGAGAUGCGCAGCAUGCUGGGCCACAAGCCAGGGGGUUCGGGGAAAGACUCCACACUGGUAUGAGCUCAGGGAUCAGGGAUAGAGAGCUGGUGUCAGGCAGCAGAAAGAGCACUCGGUAGAGAUAUAUCCAGGAUCAGCCACAGUAGCAGUACAACUUGAUUUAUCUUUCAGUUCACAGCAUCCCUGGCUUUUGUCCUCAAGUUUGCCUUAUGGCACAACACAGCUUCCAGGCUCCAGCCUUCAUGUUCUUACUCAGAAAGAUAGAAGCCAAGGCUGGCUCAGCAUCUUUUAGAAGUCUUCCUGGGAGGCCUUGGGUCCUUUCUGCUUAUACCUCACUGACCAGAACAGUCACAUGGCCACAUCUUACUACAGGGGAGACUGAGAAAUGUAGCUGAGCAGAGAAAUGAGGUUCUGUAAUAGGAAGGAAGCUGGGGUGGGGCUUAGGCAGUGGCUCUCUAAAUGUCCUCAUCCAUUUUACAGAUGAGGAAACCGAGGCCCAGAGAGGGGCAGUGACUCACCAGGGGUCCCCCGGCCAGUACUGAGCAUCAGAACCAGGAUUCGAACCUGGGUCCUGUAACCCCAAUGCUGCUGACAGUGCAAGUCUCUGCGACUCCUUCCGGUCUGUGAGCCUUUGAAACCUUUGUGUGCAGAGCUCAGAACAGCCCAGGUCCACAACACCCCUAAAGGACUGCGUCCAACUCCUGGCUGUGGGUCUGUGGCGGAGGGCAUCACCAUUCUGUGUCUCAGUUUCCUUGUCUGUAAAAUGGGGACAGAAUCAGUCCCUCUGCCUAGGGCUCCCAUGAGACUCUGUACAAUCCAUUCCAGGGGUCUGAGCACAGUAGGUCAUCCGUGUGUGUCAGCCUGUGAUGCUCUCAGUCGAGGCACUCGGUUGUUGGGAAAGAUGGGUUGAUGGCCAGUUUCUGGGACUCUGACAUGGAACUGACAGGGCCUGGAGUGGAUGACUCGGAGCCCUAGGAGUCUCCAGAGGCCCUGGCCCCACUCCCGUCUUCUCUUCCAGAACCCGGAAGUAAACUCUGACCCUCACUGUCUCCACGUCACUUGAGCCACACCCGAAUGUGCUUUGUGGCCAAGCCCAGGUUUGGGGUAAGGGGCAGAGUGACAACAGUGAAGGUGGGGAGGUGGGAAUGGGAGACGGGAUUUGCCCCUUGUAGACCCUCCUGGGAACCAUCUCCCACAAAUCUUCGUGCAUGUAAGUUUCACUGGGUGUGGGGACAGCCUCGUACCUGGCCCCUACCCCAAAUGUAUGGAGUCCCCAGAAAUCUUCCAGCCUGACCCUUCCUGAGUCACAUGGGGACUCUAGAGCCCAAGGAGCAGAGGAGGCUCAACCACAGCAAAGGAAGCUCCUCAGGACCCCUCCCAAUGGGCAGAGAAGGGACAACACCCGGCAGGGAGGCCUUGUUCUCAAGCCGGACCCCAGGAAAAGACCCCACUGAUCACAGGCCUGGGUGUCCCACCAGCCUUGGCCGUCUCCCUGGGUUCCCAGGAAGCUGCAGACUUCCUCUUCACCAGUGGAAUGCGGUCAAGUGAGCAUCCCACAGGGCACCUGAUAACAUGGGUGCCAGUGAGCACGCACUCUCAGCACACGUGAUGACUAUCAACAAAG